GUCAGGUUCUGUUCUGUAAGUGACUGCCAGGAUAUGAGGGAGCAGGUCAUCAUGUCAUAAAAUAACCAGAACAGGAACAAAUAUGGCUAGCAACAAGACUACAAAGCAGAAACUAGAAGCAAAUGAGUCAAAGAAUCAAAGAGAAAGCAAGAAGUCAAAGGCAAAAAAAGAAGAUGUUACAGAUUGUGAGCCACAAUCUCAAGUUACAAAAAAAUUAAAAAAGAAAAAAGGCGAAAACAAUGAAGAAAAGGUGGUGAAAAAAAAAACCAAGGAGUCCACUGAGGAAAAGAAGGAGGCAACAUUGUCAAACUUCAGUGCCACUAAAGCAUCCAAACAGAAACCUGGAGCAGAAAAAGUUUCAGAGAAUGGAAAGACCACAAAGAAGCCAAAGAAGAAGUCAGAUUCUGAUACUACAGAGAAAAAACAAAAAGGAGUUAAAAGUGACCUUCCAACAAAAAGUAAUGGAGCCAAAGCCAAGCAGAAAAACACUGGAGCCAUGUUUCUAACAAAUGGUGAAAAAAAAGAAAACAGCAAAAAGAAAGCAACAGAAAGUACAGACAAAGAAUCGGACUCCAGUUCAAAGCCUAUAAAAUCAACAAAGAAAAAGGCAGCUAAUAUGUUUCAGUCUAAAAGCGAAACACCUAAGGAUGUAAAAGAGAAGAAAAAAGCAGGGUCUUCAAAAUCUGAUGAUAAAGAAGUUGAGGAAACCAUUAAGAACACAAACAAGAGGGGAAAGAAAGGAAAGAAAUCCAAAAAGAAAGAAGAACGUUCACCCUCACCUGACAUUGAAGUAGAUAAUCUCGAAGAAUUUGUGCUGCGCCCAGCACCACAAGGUGUAACUAUCAAAUGUAAGGUCACAAGGGAUAAAAAAGGAAUGGACAGGGGAUGGUAUCCAACUUAUUAUGUUCAUCUUGAUAAUGAUAAGAAGGUCUUCUUAUUAGCUGGAAGAAAACGAAAGAAGAGUAAAACCUCCAACUACUUAAUCUCAAUUGAUGCUACAGAUUUAUCCCGUGGUGGAGAGAAUUUUAUCGGAAAACUGAGGUCUAAUCUAAUGGGGACAAAAUUUACUGUAUUUGACAAUGGAGCGAAUCCUGAAAAAGCUAAUUCUGACUGGUCCAAUGUACGUCAGGAACUUGCAGCAAUUGUGUAUGAAACAAAUGUCUUGGGAUUUAAAGGUCCACGGAAGAUGACAGUGCUUAUACCAGGAAUGGAUGAAGACUGUGAAAGAGUACCAAUCCGUCCACGAAAUGAUAAUGAUGGACUACUCCAACGAUGGCAGAACAAGAACAUGGAGAAUGUGAUAGAGUUACAUAAUAAGAGCCCAGUGUGGAAUGAUGAAACACAGUCUUAUGUUUUGAACUUUCAUGGACGCGUCACACACCCUUCCAUCAAGAACUUUCAAAUUGUCCAUUCCGAUGAUGUUGAUUAUAUCAUCAUGCAAUUUGGUCGCAUAGCAGAUGAUGCAUUCACCAUGGAUUAUAAGUACCCUAUGUGUGCAGUUCAAGCAUUUGCAAUUGCUCUGUCUAGCUUUGAUGGAAAGUUGGCAUGUGAAUGAUGUACCCAAGGAUUUUCCCCUUAAUUACAUAUCUUUUCCCAUUAUGUGAAACAAAAUUUCUAAUAAAA